CUUUAGGUUUCUGUUACGCCGGAAAAAAAAAAAAUCGGCUCCGCGUCGGAGGAAAUGGAGAGAAUACACGUCUCAGUCAGAUCUCGUCCGCUUUCGACGGAGGACGCGAAAACGAGUCCAUGGAAGAUCUCCUCGGAUUCGAUUUUCAUGCCUAAUCACUCUUCUCUCUCGUUCGAGUUUGAUAGGAUAUUCAGAGAGGAUUGUAAGACUGUGCAAGUGUAUGAAGCUCGGACGAAGGAUAUCGUUGCUGCUGCCGUUCGUGGAUUCAAUGGGACUGUGUUUGCUUAUGGGCAAACUAAUAGUGGCAAGACGCAUACAAUGCGUGGCUCACCGACUGAACCAGGAGUCAUCCCUCUUGCUGUUCAUGAUUUGUUUGAGACUAUAUAUCAGGAUGCUAGCAGGGAGUUUCUAUUGCGUAUGUCGUAUCUGGAGAUUUAUAACGAAGAUAUAAACGAUCUCUUGGCUCCUGAACACCGAAAAUUGCAGAUUCAUGAGAACCUAGAGAAAGGAAUAUUUGUGGCUGGGCUACGAGAAGAAAUUGUCGCUUCCCCUCAACAAGUUCUUGAAAUGAUGGAAUUUGGAGAAUCUCAUCGGCAUGUUGGGGAGACAAAUAUGAAUGUUCACAGUAGCAGAUCUCACACUAUUUUCCGCAUGAUUAUAGAAAGUAGACAGAAGACGCAAGAUGAAGGUGUUGGAAAUGCCUGUGAUGCAGUCCGUGUUUCUGUUCUGAAUUUGGUGGAUCUAGCUGGUUCGGAACGGGCUUCAAAAACAGGUGCAGAGGGUGUUAGGCUGAAGGAAGGCUCACAUAUAAACAAGAGCUUGAUGACACUCGGGACUGUAAUAAAAAAGCUGAGUGAAGGAGUUGAAAAUCAAGGUGGUCAUGUUCCGUACCGAGACAGCAAGCUUACAAGGAUCUUGCAACCCGCUUUAGGUGGAAAUGCAAAUACAGCUAUCAUAUGCAAUAUAACACUUGCGCCAAUCCACGCAGAUGAAACCAAGAGCAGUCUUCAGUUUGCUAGCCGAGCACUACGUGUCACUAAUUGUGCACAUGUCAACGAGAUAUUGACUGAUGCUGCUUUGUUAAAGCGCCAAAAGAAGGAAAUAGAGGAGCUCAGAUCCAAACUAAAGGCUUCACACUCUGACCAUUCAGACGAAGAGAUUCUUAACUUGCGCAAUACCUUGCUGAAGUCUGAAUUAGAAAGAGAGCGGAUAGCACUCGAAUUAGAAGAGGAGAAAAAGGCACAAGCUCAGCGGGAAAAAGUUUUGCAAGAGCAAGCAAAAAAAAUUGAGAACUUGAGUACAAUGGUUCUCCUUUCGAAUAGAGAUGAGAAGCGUGAGCAGGAUAACUUUAAGAAGGGAAAGAGGAGGGAUACAUGGUGUACUGGUCACCUUUCACGGGAUUCCACAUCAGAGGUUGAGUCGCAUGUCUUGUCAAGGGGAUCCUCUCUUAACUCUGAAAGAUCCGAGCGUGAGACAGGCCCACUAGUUCCAUUUGCGGAACUGGUAGGAAACGAACUUUUAUAUAGCAUCAGCGAGCAAGAUGAAAAUAGUAUCGAUGAAACCCUUGAAGAUUCUGCACUUCCAGAUCCAUGUGCUUUAGUGCAUGUGACUAGCAGAAAGAAACCAUUAUCAAUCAGGCAGAAAACUCCCGUAGUGGUUGAAAGCGAGUCAGACAGGAUUCAAAGGGAAUAUGAUGACCUUAUCGUGCAAUAUGAAACUGAGAGAAUUACCAACGAAGUACAAAUUGAGUGCCUUAAGGCAAAGUUGGGUGAAGCAACAUGCAAGCAUUUAGAUUGUCGAGUCGUUGGUAAUGUACAUCGGGAUGAAAGCAGUGUACAUCUUAGGGAUCCAGAAGCUAUUCUUCUCAUUAAGCAGAUUCAAGAAGAGAUUCAUACUGCUAGAGAAGAGGCUCAGGUUGCUCGCGAACAACUUGUAUCCAAGGAGUCUGAAGUCAUUCAUGUGCUUACUGAAAAUUUUGACUCUCUGGUCAAUGUCGCAACAGAAGUUGAAGUCUUAGCAGCUGAAUUUCAAAAAUUAAAAGCCUCGUUUGAAACCAUUUCGUUAGUUAUGGAUGACGGUUUCCAAGAUUUUGCUUUCGUCUCUCCUUUGAUACAUGAUUUCACUUUGUUUAUGCGCCAGAGUUUUGAGCAGCAUGCUUCACAUAUCAGAAGCUAUCAAAAUGUCCAAUCAUGUCUUAAACAAAAAGUUCUUGACAUUGAGAAUGAGAAGGUUCUUUUGCAAGAGCAGUGUGCUGGUCUGCAGAGCCAAAUAGAAGAACUAACUCAGGAAGCCCAAAAGCAUGGAACUUCCUUAAUGAUGCUCUCAGAACAAAAUGAGUCGGAGAGGUCAGAUCUUCUCUCUCACAUAGAAGGUCUUGAGAAGGAUAUAGCGAGUCUGUCAACCUCUUCUUUGGCCAAAGAGAAGGAAAAUCUAAGAAAAGAUUUUGAGAAGACGAAAACAAAGCUAAAGGAUACUGAAUCCAAGCUUAAGAAUGCCAUGCAGGAUAAAACCAAGCUAGAGGCCGCAAAAGCAUCUGCUGAGCGAGAGUUAAAACGCUUGCAUAGCCAAACAGCCCUCCUCGAGAGAGAUAUCAGCAAACAAGAAUCUUUUGCCGGUAAAAGACAAGACUCUCUUAUUAUUGAGAGAAAUGCAAACCAGUCGUUGCAGGAAGACUAUCACAACCUAGAAGCGCUUGCUUCUGAGAUGGAAACUACAAUUGCGUCACUGGAAGAGGAACUCGCUGCUGAACGUGGAGAAAAAGAGGAGUUGCUAUCUAGAAACGAGGGUUUAGAUUCAGAGAUUACUUCUCUGACAGAGAAGCUGGAGCACUCAAAUACACAACUAGAACAGCUGCAAAUAGAUGUCACGGAGCUUAAAGCGAGACUUGAAAGCUCUUCUUCUGAUCAGCAACAACUGGAAACCAAAGUUAAACAGUUUCUUGAAGAGAAAGAAGAGCUAGCAAUGCAUAUGGCAAACGCACUUUUAGAGAUGGAGGAAGAGAAAGCAAUAUGGAGCUCCAAAGAAAAAACUUUAACACAGUCCAUGGAGGAAAAUAUGAGACUAGAUAAUAUAAAAAUAGAGUCAUUAUCUAAAGAAAUAGCAGAGGCAAAGCGGGAGCUGGAAUCUUGUCGACUUGAAUGUCUCACCCUUGCUGAUAGGCUAGGAAGUUCUGAAGAAAACGCUAAGCAGGAAAAGGAACGCAGCAUGGAGAAGUCUUUGGAGAUUGAUAGACUUGGGAAUGAACUUCAAUCAGCUCAUGCCGCGAGUAAACAAUCUCAAGAGGAACUCAAGUCUGAUAUUAACGCUCUAAAGUCCGAACUUCAACUUGCUUGCGAGAUGUCAGACACACUUCAGAGAGAGCUUGAUUAUGUCACAAGCGAGCGCCAGAGUUUGCUAUCUCGCAUAGAGGAGAUGAAGAAGGAAGUGGCUUCAUCAAAUCGUUUGCAGGCUGAAGAAUUGACUCGUAGAGUCUCAAGCCAAGAAGCCAAGCUAUGCAAGGAUGCGGAAUUAGACAACAAGGAGAAGGCAAAGCUAAAAAUGAGACUUAUGGAGACGCAAGCACGCUUAGAUGCAAAAUGUAUAAGACACAAGCAGGCUGUGAGAGAAGCAGAAGUUAUGAACAGGAAGUUCCAAGAAGCAUCCGCAACGCUAAAGGAGAAGUUAGCAUCAAAAGCACUCGAAGUCAUCGACCUUAAGAAGCAGCUCUCUACUCCUUCAAGAUAACAAUGUAAUGAAAUUAACCAACAUAACUCUUAACUAGUAGUUAUUAAUGCACGGCUAGUAAAUGUUUUAACGGUGUAAUCUUUUGAAACGUUUCCGUUGAUGUACAUUCUGUUUGAUCUUCCACUAAACCC